CUUAUAUAAAUUCCCGGUGGGGAAGCAAGCACUACAUAUCUAUAUCCAAGGGUUAUUGACGGAAAAAUUGUAUCUCCGGACACGAGAUUGCAAUUUGCAUGUGGCCUCGCCGCUAUACAUUUACACGCAAGGUUUGUUAUUAAUUGCGGUCCGGUGGCCGCUGUGGUGAGUACCGAUCCCAUUAUGUUGGAGAAGCUUAAAAGGUUGGUGGAAGCGCCCUUUCUUUUGCUCUAUAGUGCGUCUGCUUGUCAUAAUGCGUCCAAUUUCACUUGUCGUAGCCCUUUCGUCGCUGGCGUCAGCGGCCUUGAACACAGCUGUUCGAGCUGACACGUUCACAAACCCCGUCGUUUAUGAAGAUUUCGCAGACAAUGAUGUCUCUAAGGGGCCAGAUGGCCUCUUCUACUUCUCUGCCUCGAACAUGCAUUUUUCGCCUGGAGCACCCAUUCUGCGCUCAGCUGAUCUCGUCAACUGGGAGAUGAUCGGGCACUCAGUGCCAACGCUGAAUUUUGGCGACAACUACAACCUGAAUGGCGGUGUGGCGUACCGCGGCGGUACGUGGGCGUCGACCAUGCGGUACAGGGAGAGCGAUAAGACGUGGUACUGGAUAGGAUGUGUUAACUUUUACCAUUCGUUUGUCUAUACGGCGUCUUCGGCAUCUGGGCCUUGGACACAGUCGGCGGAAAUACCAACGUGCUACUACGACUGUGGUCUCCACAUUGAUGACGAUGAUACGAUGUACGUUGUGCAUGGGAAUACAAAUGUUAACAUGGCCCAGCUGUCCGCGAAUGGUCUAUCUGAGGUCAGGACCGAGCAACUCUUCCACUACCCCACAGAAGCCCAAGGCAUCGAAGGCAACCGCAUGUACAAGAGGAACGGCAUAUAUUACAUUCUGAACGAUGACGGAGGCACCCAAUCCACGUUUAUCUAUAAAUCCACGAGCCCCUGGGGACCUUGGACUUAUAAGCGCCUGCAAGCAAACACCCCUGGCCCACUUCCUGGAGGCGGUACUCCCCACCAAGGCAGUCUUAUUGAGGCAUCUCCUGACGACUGGUACUUCAUGUCGUUCACAUGGGAUUAUCCCAAUGGCCGCAUUCCCGUGCUCGCUCCUAUCACAUGGGGCGACGACGACUUCCCAAUCCUGACUACAGUCAAUGGCAAAUGGGGCGCCACCUAUCCCAGUCCCCUACCGACCGUCGAAACCCCACCAUGGACAGGAACAGAUUCCUUCAACGGCACGUUGCUAGGCCCACAAUGGGAAUGGAACCACAACCCUGACACCAGCAAAUACUCGGUCGACAACGGCGUCACCCUCUCCGCCGCAACCGUGACCGACGACCUCUACAAAGCCCGCAAUACGCUGACGCACCGCGUCCACGGCGAACACCCCAUCGCCACCAUCGUCCUAGAUUUCAGCAACAUGGCCGACGGCGACCGCUGCGGACUCGCCGCCUUCCGCGACUGGACCGCCUACAUCGGCGUCGUGCGCUCGGGAGACACCUACAGUGUCGUUAUGCAGGAGGGCCUCACGCAGAACAGCACUGAUUGGAGCACGGUGAGCACUGGCACGACUGUUGAGACCACCGCAGUGGAGAAGGGCAGGAUCUGGCUGAGAUCGAGCAUGGAUUCGCGCGGUGAUGGGUCGAAGUUGGUGACGUUCCAGUAUAGUACUGAUGGGACGAGCUUUGUGGAUUUGGGGGAUGCGUAUACGAUGAAUACGGAUUGGGCGAUCUUCAUGGGAUACAGGUGGGGCAUUUUCAACCAUGCUACGACGGCUCUUGGGGGAUCAGUUUUGCUUGAGUCGUUCACGCAGACGUAGAGGGGGUAGGGUAGGGUUGCGUAGGGAUCGACGUAUGUAUAUACCGCAGCUCAAAGCACGACAGUGAAAGGCCAUGACCAAUAGAUUAGUUUGCGUCGCACCCGAAGUCCUCGAUUGAAGCAACCCACAUAGUAUAUGUACAUAGCCAUAUUUGUAGUUUAGGUUUUUCUCUUAUCUUUCUAUAUCUG